GAAAAAUUAUAUAAAAAAUCAUCCUUAUAAAAAUAUUCAUCCUUGGAAAUCAUUACUAGAAUUUUCAAAUGAUCUUAUAAAUAAUUUAAUUUAUAAUAAAGAUGGACUAAUAAUAUUAAAUAAACCAUAUGGAAUAAAACGUAGUAAAUUAAAUUCAUUUAAAAACUCAAAAAAUAAUGUACCUAAUGGUGUUAAUUAUACAUUAGAGGAUGCUUUACCUUAUAUUGCUAAAGAAUUAAAUUAUCCAAAUUUAAGCAUAAUCAGAAGUCCUGAAAUGUACAUGAGUGGUAUUACACUUUUAGCAGCAAAUCCAAAUGUUGAACAUGCUAUAAAACUUGCAUUUAUUCGUGGUGAAUAUUUCAUAAAUACUUAUUGGAUAGUUACAUUUGGUAUACCAAAACAAUCAAAUAAUUAUUCCCGUGUAGCAAUAAAAUUAAUUUCAAAUCCUCACUUUGAAAAUAAAAAGCAAAUUAUUACCACAUCAUGGUCUAAAAAUGAAGAAAAAUUAAAGAAGAUAAAAAUAUUAAAAACAGAACACAAAAUAUUAUCCAAUUCUAUACUUGAUUUAUGCUCUUUAAUUCAACUAAAAUCAUCUACCCAUUAUAAACAUGCAAUUAGGUUAUUUGCAUCAACAUUUUUAUAUUGUCCAGUUUUAGGAGAUAAUAUUUAUGCAUCUCAGAUUCAAAAAGUUGGAAAUACUUAUUUAAGAAUCAAUCCAUUUCUUACUUCUCCUAUGCUAAAAUUGGAUGAUAAGCUUCUUAAAUUAUUAUGUAUUAAACGUAAUAAUCAGAAUAUUAUUCCUACUCAUAUUCAUCUAAGAUCAAUAGUUUUACCAAACUUUUUUGGAAAAACAUUAGAAAUUGAAGCUCCUUUAAUGCCAUAUUUUGAAUGGACAUGUAAACAACUUGAAUUUAAUUUACAUAUAAUACAAAAACAGGAUUAUAAAUCACAUUUAGCUUUAUAAAUAUGAUAAUGAUUUGAAUAUAAUUUAUUUCUUUAUUAAAUAAAAUAAUAUUUAUUGACUUUUGAUUUUUUAUUUUAAUAUAAGUAUACAUAUACAUAAUGUAUAUAUAUCUAUCUAUAUAAUCUACGAUAUCUAAUGACUAAGUACAUAUUUGCCUUUCAAUAUUCUUCUCAUGAGAAUUUUUCGUCCACUGAGAGUUGACAUUCUUGUAAUCCAACCAUGGCGUUUAAUACGACGACGUUCAUUAGGACGUGGAAAAUGAUAUCUCAUUAUAGUUCUGUUUAUAGUUAGAUUCCAUGGAUUUAUUAUUGUGGG